UGAGGCAGCAGCAUGCCGAUCUCCUCCACCUCUUUGACGGCGAACAACGCGUAGCCUGCCGCAUGCUCGAACAACACGUGCAACAGCACCUACGGGAGAUAAAAGCUUUGAAAUAAGGAGCCAUCGAGACAACUAGUAACAUACGGAGCAUGUGAGAGAGUGUUUGAAGGAGGCUGUUGAGGAGCGGAUGUGAGGGAGGACAGUAAAAAGCUCACGGAUCAGGCUUGAUAUAAAGGCUGACGGGGACAAGCUGACACUCAGACCAGUGGAGCCCUGCUCAUCUUAAAGCGCACUUCCUUAAGCAACUGACCAAGGCUGACGACGGAGCAGAAUGAGCAUGCGCGGAGCAGUGGCUGGUUGCGUGUUGCUGGCGUGCCUGGUGGCGCUGCUGGCAGAGAGUUCAGAGGGACACAUCACCUUCUUCAGUCCAAAGGAGUUGAGGCUGUUGAAGCAGGAGCAAGAAGGCAGAAAGGACAUGGAGCCCCGAUCGGACGAUGGUCAGUUUGAAGAGGUUACUGUCCAACAGCUUCCUCAGGACAAAACAGUGGAGAUUUCCAUCCGUCUUACACCCAAACAGCUGGAUCAUGUGACUCCGGUGCUCGAAGAAAUUAUCCAUGAAAUAGUGGAGGAGCGUCAGAAAGCCAAGUAGAGAGGCCGAACACAGGAGGGGAUGAACGCUGUACAAAUUCUUCAAAAAGCACUGAAUGCUCAAAAGUUUUAUUGUGUUUUCAUGAAUCGCGUCAAUAAAGUUAAGUGAUUGUGUCACG